AGAGUUCUCCAUACGCGAAGCUAUUUUGUUUAAAUGGUAUGAAAAUAGCUAUAAAGAUGCCCUAAACCCGACAGGCACUUAUUGCAACCAUUGGCCUGAUGGGGAAUCAGCUACAUCACUGAGCCUCAGAUGGCUUUUUCAAGUAUUCAACAUCUGAGUUGCUCAGCAUGGACCAAAACUGUACUAGGCAUCCACAUAUCCUUCAUACGUGCAGCUACCUCGUCUAAAUGGUAUGGAGGGAGUCAUAAAGAUAUCCUAAACCCGGCAGGCACUUAUUGCAACCAUUGGCCUGAUGGGGAGUCAGCUACAUCACUGAGCCUCAGAUGGCUUUUUUUAAGUAUUCAACAUCUGAGUUGCUCAGCAUGGACCAGAACUGUACUAGAUAUCGCACAUAGAAAGCAUCAUUUGAGUAUACAAAAUGAAAUUCAAGUUACAUAACUUGAACGGCUUAGCGUCAAGAAGUUAGUAUUUAUAUUAGUUUUUUUAAGUUUUCUUUUUUGGUAAACCAUGUAUAAAGCAUUGAUGGUCUUUUCGAAUUGACUGCAUUUUAUUCCCUUCUAAACAAGAUUGUUUAAAAAAAAAUAAAAAUUU